AUGAAGGUCAUCACUUGUGAAAUAGCGUGGCAUAAUAAGGAGCCUGUUUACAGCUUGGAUUUCCAACAUGGAGCUGAUGGGAGGAUCAAUCGACUGGCCUCAGCAGGUGUGGACACAGCGGUUCGUAUAUGGAAAGUUGAAAAAGGACCAGAUGGAAAAGCAAUUGUGGAAUUCUUGUCCAACCUUGCCCGCCAUACCAAAGCAGUAAAUGUUGUGCGCUUCUCUCCGAGUGGUGAGAUUCUAGCAUCUGGAGGAGAUGACGCUGUUAUUUUACUGUGGAAGCUGAAUGAUAGCAAAGAAUCGGAACCAUUAGUUUUUCAGGAUGAGGAUGAAGCUCAGCUCAACAAGGAGAACUGGACAGUUGUUAAAACUUUAAGAGGCCACUUAGAAGAUGUGUAUGAUAUUUGUUGGACGUCAGAUGGAAAUUACAUGGCAUCUGCUUCUGUAGAUAACACAGCUAUAAUGUGGGAUGUCAAUAAAGGGCAGAAGGUUUCAAUAUUAAAUGAACACAAGAGUUAUGUCCAAGGAAUAACCUGGGAUCCUCUAGGCCAGUACAUUGCAACUCUGAGUUGUGAUAGGGUCCUGCGGGUAUACAACACACAAACCAAGCGUGUGGCAUUCAAUGUUACCAAGAUGCCAUCUGGAUCAGGAGCUGAAGGAGAGGCUAGGAGCUAUCGGAUGUUUCAUGAUGACAGCAUGAAGUCAUUUUUCCGCAGGCUCAGUUUUACUCCUGAUGGCUCCUAUUUACUCACUCCAGCUGGCUGUGUUGAAUCAGGAGAAAAUGUAACAAACACCACAUAUGUUUUCUCCAGAAACAAUCUUAAAAGGCCUGUGGGUCACCUGCCAUGUCCUGGAAAGGCAACCCUUGCUGUUCGCUGCUGCCCAGUCUACUUUGAGUUGAGACGCGCCUUUAAUAAAGAUGAAAUCAGUCAGAAAUCAGCUCCUGCUCUAUUUAAUCUGCCCUAUCGAUUGGUGUUUGCUGUUGCUUCAGAAGAUUCUGUGCUUUUUUAUGAUACUGAGCAGUCCUUCCCCUUUGGUUAUGUUUCUAACAUACAUUAUCACACCCUGAGUGACAUUUCAUGGUCCAGCGAUGGAGCCUUUCUUGCUAUUUCUUCCACGGAUGGAUACUGUUCAUUUGUUACCUUUGAGAAGGAUGAACUUGGAAUACCAUUGAAGGAGAAGCCACAGAUAAAUGUCAGGACUUCUGGUACAACAGAGAAGAAAGUGAAAAAGAGCCAGUCACACAAAGUAAUUUCCCCAGGCUCUAGGCUGACUGAGGGGACUCCUCCCAGUAGGGCCACUGAUCCCAGCACUCCCACCCUGCAACCUAGAACACCCACAGCUGCUGGUAAAGACUUGCCUUCCACACCUGUUGGCAUAAAAAAUGUUCCAGUCUCAUCCUCAGACGAGAGGAAAACUAGCCAGCCAGCCAGCCAGAGCACUAAAGUAAACCAGCCCAGAAGGAUUACUCUCAACACUUUACAAGCAUGGAGCAAGACGCCAAG